AUGAAGAUAUUUUGGGCUAUUUUUCUGUGUGUAUCCGCCGUAUACGGGUCGAUGGAUAUAGACGCAUGGAGGAUUCGAGACCACGUAAAUCCCUCACUCGCAAUGCACGGAAUAUACGCAGUUCCCGACUACAUGUCCAGGAAAGCACUCAUGCAGAUGUACGACGUAGGAACUACCGCGUACGGAGUGCCCUACGGGGGAAUGUCGGGCUUCAAUGCUGCGUACAUGCACGGGAAAGAGACUGCAGCUAUAAGGGCGCCAAUGCACGGACUAUGUCAGGGCUCGUACAUGGCAGGAGCUGCAAUGUCUUCGCGAAUGAUGGCGAAUAUGGCGAAUGGAUACAGUGCUGGACUCAGGAGUGGGGCAGGAUUCUACCCUUCCCGAGUCUGCGACAGGUACUACUCCCCGUGGAUGUGA